GGCUUGGGCGGCGGGGCUGGUUUAAAGGCGCAUCUCCAGCCGCGGCUGCGUCCCAUUCAGGACGAGGAGCUGAGAGACAGCGCGCGGACCCUGCAGAGAACGAGCCAUCGCCGCACACAGGCAUGUUCCAUCUCACAAGUCGCUGCCUGCAAGUCUAAAGUGGAAUAGUCAGACACAGAAUACCCCCUCUACUGUUUGUAAGGACUAAGUAUAAGGCUAAAAUCCUCUACACACAACUCAAAAACUGCACCACCAUGCCUGGAUCUCUUCCUGUGAAUGCUGAAGCCUGCUGGCCAAAAGAUGUGGGAAUAGUUGCUUUGGAGAUCUACUUCCCUUCCCAAUAUGUUGACCAGGCAGAGUUAGAGAAGUUUGAUGGCGUGGAUGCAGGGAAAUACACCAUUGGCUUGGGUCAGUCCAAGAUGGGCUUCUGCUCGGAUAGGGAGGAUAUCAAUUCGCUUUGCCUCACCGCAGUCCAGAAGCUUAUGGAAAGGAACAGUCUCUCCUACAACUGCAUUGGGAGACUUGAAGUUGGAACGGAGACAAUCAUCGACAAGUCCAAAUCGGUAAAGACUGUACUGAUGCAGCUUUUUGAAGAAUCUGGCAACACAGACGUGGAAGGCAUUGACACAACCAAUGCAUGCUAUGGUGGCACUGCUGCACUCUUCAAUGCUAUCAACUGGGUUGAAUCCAGCUCCUGGGAUGGGCGUUAUGCACUUGUUGUUGCUGGAGACAUAGCAGUGUAUGCCACUGGAAAUGCUAGGCCAACUGGAGGAGCCGGUGCUGUUGCUAUGCUUGUGGGACCAAAUGCACCUCUUAUUUUUGAGAGAGGAUUGCGAGGGACCCACAUGCAGCAUGCCUAUGAUUUCUAUAAGCCUGAUAUGGUAUCUGAGUAUCCUGUGGUUGAUGGGAAACUGUCCAUACAAUGCUACCUCAGUGCAUUAGAUCGCUGCUACACUGUCUAUCGCAAGAAAAUCCAUGCUCAGUGGCAGAAAGAGGGAGUUGACAAAGACUUCACCCUGAAUGACUUCGGUUUCAUGAUAUUUCACUCUCCAUACUGCAAACUUGUACAGAAAUCUGUAGCUCGUCUGUUGCUGAAUGACUUUCUGAAUGAUCAGACACCCACAAAAGAAAAUGGCAUCUAUAGUGGCCUGGAAGCUUUUAGAGAUGUAAAACUAGAAGACACCUACUUUGACCGUGAUGUGGAAAAAGCUUUUAUGAAGGCCAGUGCUGAGAUUUUCAAUCAGAAAACCAAAGCUUCCUUGCUUGUAUCCAAUCAGAAUGGAAAUAUGUACACGCCUUCUGUCUAUGGCUGCCUUGCUUCUAUCCUAGCACAGUAUUCUCCUCAGCAACUGGCAGGACAGAGGAUUGGAGUCUUCUCUUACGGCUCUGGGUUUGCUGCUACCCUCUACUCCAUCAAAGUUAGCCAAGAUGCAACCCCUGGCUCUUCUCUGGAUAAAAUAACAGCAAGCCUCUCUGAUCUGAAGGCAAGGCUCGAUUCAAGGAAAUGCAUCUCGCCAGAGGUGUUUGCAGAAAACAUGAUGCUUAGACAAGAUACUCAUCACUUAGCCAACUAUAUUCCACAAUGUUCAGUGGAUGAUCUGUAUGAGGGAACAUGGUACUUGGUGCGAGUGGAUGAAAAACACAGAAGAACCUAUGCUCGUCGCCCCGUGCUGGGUGAUGGGCCCUUGGAAGCAGGAGUGGAAGUUCAUAUGGGCCUUGCUCAUGAGCAUAUCCCUAGCCCUGCCAAGAAAGUACCAAGAAUUCCUGCAAAAACAGACUCAGAAGCCGUUGCUGUUUCCCUUUCCAAUGGGGAGCAUUAAGAGACCUCUGUGAGGUGGGAGUUGGAAAUGUUGGGGAGGGCUGGGGAUGUACACGGGAGUAACUGUUAAUACCCAUGUUUUGCUGUACAGUACUGCUUAGUUGGGAGCAUGAGAAACUGUUAAUCUUGAGGCUCUGUCUUUUGAUGCAGUUUGUUGAUACGUAGUUAAAUAACACUAAAAAAAGUUUGCUAGCUUCUUGGAACAGAAAUGACCAAGGGCUCUUUCUAAGAAACAACUGUUUUAAAACAACAGCAAAUGGUUCAAGAAUAGGUACUUAAAUUUACAGAGGGGUAGCCAUGUUAGUUUGUUGCAGCAAAAAAGACAGCAGAGCCUUUUGGCAUCUUAAGUUUAGGUCUACAGUUGCUUAUUCUGUAAAAAUAUAUCGCUUAAUCUUUAAGGUGCCACAAGAAUCUUUGUGUUUAGUUUAAGCUUGGGAAGACUUCAGUUGUGCUUGCCCUACUCUAUUUUAAUGAAUUAAUAUCCAGAGUGGAGGUGAGACUUUUUAAAGCCAUUAUGGAGAAAAAUUAAUGUGACCUAAAGCUAUUUGUGAGUCAUUUUAUCUUAAAUGUUAGGGUCCUAUGUGCCUUAACAGUAUAAGCACCUGGUCUUUUAAAUACAAGCCUUGUUCCAUCCCCUCAAAACAUGCUAUGCAUUUGAAAGGGGAUAAUUGGCUUGUUUUUCAAGGUGCUAUUAAUUGGUUCAAACCAUCUUGAAAGUUGGAGGUCUGUGACAUGGUUUCCAGUUGUAUGCUUAUAAUAUUAAAAGCUCCUCUCACCUCCCAGAAAUCAUUUUGCAAAGCUAAGAAGUGCAUGCAUUUGGGGAGAGAACACUCUCUUGCCCCAAAGUGCUCUUGGUGGCUACUCAGAAAUAGUCAGAAAGUUAAUUCCUUUUGAACCUCUUGUAUGUAAUCUUUUAUAAAGGUUGCUUAAGAGCAGGCUUUGCCAUACUCUGCUUCUACAAAAAUGCAAAAGCUCAGCCCAAGAGCUGUGAUUUGAUCCUGAACUUUUUGCUCCUCACGAUUGUUUUAGCUGUGUGGUGUGGGGUUCUGCAAGCUGUAGCUCUGAGGUCAUGUAUCAAUAGCUUCAUAUUUCAACCAUAUUUAAAACUCCAUUUCACUUCUGCAAGGAAUACUCAAAAGGCUGCAAUCCUCAAAGCACUUACCUUAGAAUAGGCAUGAACAACUUGUGACCCAUUGAGUUGAACACUGCUCACCAGCUAUGUGUGAUGGCUUGUUGGGUGCUUGCUAAAAUUGACCUGUGCUGGCUGCCUACCAGAGACUUGGGGAAAAAUGGUAUGUGUUGAGAACCUGGCUGGGCAUAUACAGGGCUUGUGAGGGGUGCCUUUGGCCUGCAAGUUGUUCUGCUCUAGAAUGGUCCUGUUUAUUAACAUACACUUGCUGUAGUGUAAGUGCUUUGGCCAUUGCAAGUAUAUUGGGUGGGCCUGGAUGAACUGGAAGCAAAGGGAAAGACAGCUCCUGGCUUGUAAAAUACAUUGUGUUUACACUAAACUUACACAAUUUGUCCUGUUUUUAUUUUGUUUUGGAAUACUUCUUAACUAAUGCAUACUAUGCUGAGUUACAAGACACUGUUUUGGGGCUCUGUAGUUUGUUUUUUUGAAGCAAAUCACUUAGGUUUGAUAUGGCUUGUUGGGAAAAAACGGUUUGAUUUACACCACUUUUUUGUCCAUUUGUGCCAAGUGCUGUGGCUAUAUAAAACAAAGGAGAGGAUCCCAAGCUUGGUUUUGUUCACAGGCUGGCGAUGUAUCAAGUCCAUUGCAGGCAAUGGACAGGCUAAAAACAGCAGCACCAAAUCUAAGGUUUAUAAACCUCAAAAGCAAUGAAGCAGAUGCCUUGCAAAAUAAACACUGAGCUAUCUGAACUGCC